UUGAUUUUUUAAACUCCCAGCAUCCGUCUCUUAAGUUUCUGGAACAUAACAAAUAACAACGAAUAACUAAAAAUCAUGUGUAUUGUCAAUCACGCCAGAAAGAUUGGAUUAACCAGAAAUGUUAGUUAAAAAUAUAAAUUCUUCCAAAAUGGGCUGAAAAUAUUUUACUUCAAUAUGAUGUUGGGGAGAAAACAGAGCUUGAAAGGGGAGCCAGUUCUAGCAGAUUAUGGUCCUGAUGAGGCUUUUAAUGAGAGCGCUGAUAUCGAAUGGGUGAACAAGAGAUGGGUCCGCAGACUAAUGCGAACAUGCGCCUUGCUCAGCUUAGCAUCUGUCAGCUGCAACACCCCCAAGACCUUCGAACGCAUAAUACCCAUGCAAUGGAUCACCUUCAGUGUGGACAUCGUCGUGACCAUUCUUUUCACAUCCGAAAUGGUGGCAAAAAUGCACAUCCGUGGAAUACUAAAAAAAUUUCAGGGAGAAAAACCCUAUCUGAAGGACCACUGGUGCCAAUUUGACGCCAGUAUGGUUUUCUUCUUAUGGAUAUCAGUGAUUUUACAAGUGUUCGAAAUCCUGGGCACGGUCCCACGUUUCAGCUACUUAUCGAUCCUCAGAGCCCCGCGACCUCUCAUCAUGAUCAGAUUUCUGCGAGUGUUUUUGAAGUUUUCUAUGCCUAAAUCAAGAAUAAAUCAAAUAUUCAAGCGUUCGAGUCAACAGAUCUACAACGUCACUCUAUUUUUUCUUUUCUUUAUGUCUUUGUAUGGACUGUUAGGGGUGCAAUUUUUCGGCGAACUAAAAAAUCACUGCGUGCUUAAUAACACAGAUUUGAGGCGUAUAACGAUAAACAGUCUUGCCAUACCGGACACAUUUUGCUCCCUAGACUCUACAUCUGGUUACCAAUGUCCUGAAGGAAUGAAAUGCAUGAAGUUAGAAGGGUUACCAAGAUCUAUAAUAGGAUUCAAUGGGUUCGACGAAUUUGUUACCAGUUUCUUCACUGUGUACCAAGCGGCAUCCCAAGAAGGUUGGGUUUUCAUAAUGUAUAGAGCCAUAGAUUCUCUUCCAGGCUGGCGCGCCGUCCUUUAUUUUAGCACCAUGAUAUUUUUUCUGGCUUGGUUGGUCAAGAACGUUUUCAUAGCCGUCAUCACAGAAACAUUCAACGAAAUCAGAGUGCAAUUUCAACAAAUGUGGGGAGUUCGUGGGCACAUCCAGAACAGUUCGGCGUCACAGAUCUUAAUCGGGGAUGACCGCGGCUGGAAAUUAGUAACUCUAGACGAAAACAAGCACGGAGGUCUCGCUCCAGAUUUCUGCCACAAGAUUCUUCGUUCUCCUCACUUCAGACUGAUUGUUAUGGGGGUAAUUUUGGCGAACGGGAUAGUGACGGCCACCAUGAGGUUCAAACACGACGAAAGACCCAGGCACGUGUUCUACGAACACUAUUACUACACAGAAGUGGGGUUUACCGCACUUCUGGACUUAGAAACGAUUUUUAAAAUCUGGUGCUUGGGGUGGAGAGGGUACUGGAAGCAUUCAAUCCACAAGUUCGAACUCCUUUUAGUCGUAGGGACGACAAUUCACAUCCUACCAGGCCUCUAUAUGAGCGUUUUCACGUACUUUCAAGUUUUGAGAGUCGUGAGAUUGAUCAAAGCGUCACCUCUUUUGGAAGACUUCGUUUACAAAAUUUUCGGACCUGGCAAGAAGUUGGGUAGUUUGAUCAUAUUCACCAUGUGUUUGUUGAUCAUUUCGUCAAGCAUUUCAAUGCAGCUGUUCUGUUUUCUGGAUUUUACUAAAUUUGAGACGUUUGCGGAGGCAUUCAUGUCUAUGUUCCAGAUUCUUACUCAGGAAGCUUGGGUUGAAGUAAUGGAUGAGACAAUGUUGAGAACGCGGUCAAUGCUUGCCCCUCUAGUUGCCGUGUACUUUAUCCUCUACCACCUUUUCGUCACUCUGAUCGUGUUAAGUUUGUUCGUAGCUGUCAUUUUAGACAAUCUCGAACUCGACGAAGACAUCAAGAAGUUGAAACAGUUGAAGUACCGAGAACAGAGUGCCGAAAUCAAAGAAACCUUACCUUUCAGGCUACGAAUCUUCGAGAAGUUUCCAGAUAGCCCGCUCAUGGUCACGCUCCACAAAGUCCCCUCAGACUUUAACCUACCCAAAGUUCGGGAAAGCUUCAUGAGACAGUUCGUCUACGAAACCGAAGACGACGAAAACUCAGAAAGCGGUAUCAAAAAACUAAACGAAGAACUAUUCGAUACCAAAAUCAUCUACCGAAAGCAAAAACCCCUAAAAGUGUUAAACACUUUACCGAAAGUGAGAGUCGAAAACACAAAGCUGAAAAAAACGUCUGUGUCCUACAUCAUCAAGUACGAUUCUAAUAAUCAGAGAUUAAUGCUUGGUGAUUCUUCCAUGAUUCCUGUACCGGGCUGCAAAGGUCCCCUCAAACCCCAAGGAACUAUUAACAGUAUGAAACAGUUACGUAUUGAUCUUAAGAAAUUCGGCUCAAGAUCGAUCAGGAGGAGUGUCCGCAGUGGCUCGAUUAAACUUAAGCAGACUUAUGAGCAUUUGAUGGAAAAUGGUGAUAUUGGAGUUAAUAGAAUGAGUUCGAAUAGAGCUAGACCGCACGAUUUAGAUAUUAAGUUGUUACAAGCCAAACGACAACAAGCAGAGAUGAGAAGAAAUCAACGAGAAGAAGACUUAAGAGAAAACCAUCCAUUUUUUGAUACACCACUUUUUGCGGUACCAAGAGAAAGCAAAUUUAGGAAAUUUUGUCAAUUAAUAGUGUAUGCUAGAUAUGACGCUAGAUUGAAAGACCCAUUGACCGGAAAAGAACGCAAAGUACAAUACAAAAGUCUCCAUACCUUUCUGGGUUUGGUCACCUACUUGGACUGGGUAAUGAUAACCAUGACAACUUUAUCUUGUCUUUCAAUGAUGUUUGAAACCCCCUAUUACCGAGUCAUGGAAAACGUUAGUUUACAAGUGGCUGAGUACUGCUUCGUCAUUUUCAUGAGUAUAGAACUCGCGCUAAAAAUACUAGCUGAUGGACUGUUCUUCACCCCAAAAGCAUACGUCAAAGAUGUAGCUGCUUUACUAGACGUUUUCAUCUAUCUUGUAAGCCUAGUGUUUCUAUGUUGGAUGCCAAAAAAGGUACCACCGAAUUCCGGAGCACAAUUACUCAUGAUCCUUCGAUGUCUUCGACCACUACGAAUUUUUACUUUAGUACCACACAUGAGAAAAGUGGUCUAUGAGCUAUGUCGCGGCUUUAAAGAAAUUUUAUUAGUAUCGACGUUACUAGUUCUUUUGAUGUUCAUCUUCGCCAGUUACGGAGUCCAACUCUAUGGUGGCAAAUUAGCCCGUUGUAACGACCCCAACAUCACCAAAAGAGAAGACUGUGUUGGAGUUUUCUUCCGGCGAGUUUUCGUCACGAAAAUGAAGCUCACACCUGGCGCAAAUGAAACCUACCCAACGAUUUUAGUACCCAGAGUGUGGGCAAAUCCGAGACGAUUUAACUUUGACAAUAUUGGUGACGCAAUGUUGACUUUGUUUGAAGUUUUGUCUUUCAAAGGUUGGCUGGAUGUUAGGGACGUGCUAAUAAAGGCUCUAGGACCUGCACACGCCAUCUACAUCCACGUUUAUAUCUUCUUGGGGUGCAUGAUUGGGUUAACGUUAUUCGUGGGUGUCGUAAUUGCUAACUAUUCCGAAAACAAAGGAACUGCUUUGUUGACUGUUGACCAAAGGCGGUGGUGCGACCUUAAGAAAAGACUAAAAAUUGCGCAACCUUUGCACUUGCCUCCUCGUCCAGAUGGGAAAAAAUUCAGGGCUUUUAUUUACGACAUUACGCAAAAUAUUAAAUUUAAAAGAUGCAUAGCGAUGAUGGUACUGAUCAAUAGUGCUCUUUUAGGAGUCACGUGGAACAAAGAAGAGGCCCACACUGAUAUUCUAGCAACCGUUGGAAUGAUUUGCACACUGUUGUUUUUAGUCGAAGUGGUGAUGAAAAAUAUCGCUUUCACCCCCAGAGGGUACUUACAAUCCAGACGAAACAGGUACGACCUUUUCGUUACCGUCAUGGGGGUAAUUUGGAUGUUCUUCCACACAAUGUUCAAAAACGACCUAACAUAUUUCGUUGGGUUCAUGGUAGUGAUAUUGAGGUUUUUUACCAUUACUGGGAAACACGCAACCCUCAAAAUGCUAAUGUUAACUGUAGGUGUGUCCGUGUGUAAAAGUUUCUUCAUUAUUUUCGGGAUGUUUCUUCUGGUUUUCUUCUACGCAUUGGCUGGUACUAUUAUUUUUGGUACCGUGAAGUACGGUGAAGGUAUUGGAAGGCGAGCAAACUUUGAAUCUCCUGUAACGGGAGUAGCUAUGCUUUUUAGAAUCGUGACAGGAGAAGACUGGAACAAGAUUAUGCACGACUGUAUGAUCCAACCUCCUUAUUGCACUCCUGCUGAUAACUACUGGCAAACCGACUGUGGAAACUUCACCGGAUCGUUGAUCUACUUUUGUACUUUUUACGUUAUCAUAACCUAUAUCGUGUUGAAUUUGCUAGUGGCUAUUAUCAUGGAGAACUUUUCCUUAUUCUACUCAAACGAAGAAGAUGCUCUACUUUCGUAUGCCGAUAUUAGAAAUUUUCAAAACACUUGGAACAUUGUUGAUAUUCAUCAGAGGGGUGUCAUUCCUGUUCGAAGGGUCAAAUUUAUACUUCGUCUUUUGAAAGGUAGGCUAGAAGUAGAUCCCCAAAAAGAUCGACUUCUGUUCAAACACAUGUGCUACGAACUCGAACGACUGCACAAUGGAGAAGAUGUAACCUUCCAUGACGUCAUUAAUAUGUUGUCAUACAGAUCAGUUGAUAUCAGAAAAGCACUACAAUUAGAAGAGUUACUAGCUAGAGAAGAAUUCGAGUAUAUAAUAGAAGAAGAAGUAGCUAAACAGACUAUAAGGACGUGGUUAGAAGGGUGUUUGAAGAAAAUAAGAUCAACAAGCAAGCAACAAAAUAGCCUCAUCGCUGGUCUCCGAGCCACAAAUGAGCUAAUCAACGCGCCUGAAACCACCGAAGAAACGAAGAACGGUGCUCCAGACCUAGAAGCCGAGGCAGAAACCAAAGAGAGCGAAACCCGGAAACAAAAACUUGUUACUCUUCCACGGUCCGACAGCAUUGGGAGCAGUUCUGGGCGGAAAUAUUUAGCACCGACGCUGUCCGACCCUGCUGCUAGAACCGAGAAGGAACGAGUCACCACGAAGAAAAAGAACAAUCGACAAACAGUUGUGGUGAACAAGAAUUUUCCGCACUUGAACGAGACGAACGAGGCCAACAGGAUGCCGAGGGAAGUUUUUAACAACAAAACGACACUUCCGAAAGCUUCGAAUGCCAUGCACGAGAUACGGGAUUGGUGGAAUGAGCAAUUGGCGUAUCAGUCGCAGUCGAGCGAUGAAGAGUAGUUACGUUUGUAAUGAUAAAUGUCUUAUAUUGUAAUAGGAUGUGUAUAUAUUUUAUAUGCAGAGUAUUGUAUAUUAGGUUGCAUAAAACAAGGAGCAAAAUUGAUGUGUUUAUUUGAAAAAAACUUGGUACAGAAUUGUCAUAUAACUGCUG